AUGAAUCUUGGCUUCAAUUUCGAUGGCGACUAUCAUCAGGUUACGUCAAAGCACAUACCGACACAUCAGAAUGCCGAGGUCUCUAACGAUCCGGACGAUUUCACCAGAGAGGAACUUCUUAAACUUCUAUCAUAUUUUGAAGGAGAAUUACAAGCUCGCGAUGAAGUUGUCGCACGUUUACGUAAUGAACGCACAAAGUUUCUUCUGUUCGAUGCCAAGUAUGGGAAGCUUGGUGGAAACGAUCCGAUGUGUGCGUUACGACGUGAUUCUGCGGUGACCGAGGAGGAGUUAGACGAACAUCAAAUUGGUCAACUUUAUGAGUCACAGCUCGUGCAGCUAGAAAAACUUAUUGCUGUACAACGGCGAAGCCACCUGAGAGCAAAAAGCUUGCUGGCUGCAGCUGAAAAGCGCCAUUUUAAAGCUCUACGGGAGCUCGAGUUGGAAAAGGAACGGAAGAGUAGAUACGCUGCGCAGGGAGAUGAUGUUCUUGCACUUCUUGAGAGAGAGCGAGAAAAACUUACCCAACAGUUGGAGAUCCAAAUCAACGAGGUGGCUGAGAGUAAAGCAGAAACGGAGAGAGUGGAGCGAAAACUUGAGGCAGAACGAGAACGACACAAAUCUAUGGUAUUGUUCCUCAUCAAUGAGCGCAAACAGAUGUUAGUGAAGAUGCACGAAUUACGGGUUAAAUCUGAAUCAAAUGGUGAGAAGCUGUGCUUUACUCUCGCCGAAAAUCUAAGCCUGAAGGAGGUUGUGAAGGGCCAAGAGGCGGACUUAUUGAUGCUGCGUAAGAACCUGAUCUCAUCAACGAAGCUGACGUUUGACAAGCCUGCAACACAUCUCCCACAGUUGACCGACACUGGAGGAUCGUUGGUGGUAGCUAAUCGGAUGGCGACGUCCGCCGGAUCGUCCAUUGGUGGAUCAUCAUCGGCUGCUCCCGCGAUGUCUGCUGGUACGCUGUCAUCUCGGACAAGACUAGCAACAUCUAGCAGUUUUCCAGCUGAGAAAAGUCGCUUACCUCGUGCUCCUUCUUCGCCAGCAAGGGGACUUCCUUCACCCAGGGUGCCGUCGUCUCCAUCAAAAAAGACGCCUGCAAUGGGAUUGGGUACCACAAGACGGGUACCACCUCCUCCACGUUAUGCUGAGCCGGAAUUGCAAGAGCUAGAAGCUGCAAUAGAAUCCAUGGCUGCCACUAACGGAACACCAUACUUUGUAUGGAGGUUGUAA